AUGCAAUACGUCCGUUCCCUAGCAGGCUCGGUCAACGGUGCAUGGAACAGCAUCAACCCGGCCACCCUGUCCGGGGCCAUCGAUGUCAUUGUCGUCGAGCAAGAUGAUGCCUCCCUCGCCUGCAGCCCCUUCCACGUCCGCUUUGGCAAAUGGCGCCUCCUGCGCCCCUACGAGAAGAAGGUGGAGUUCAAGGUCAAUGGGCAGAAGCAGAACUUCUCCAUGAAACUCGGCGAGGGUGGAGAGGCCUUCUUCGUCUUCGAAACCGACGAGCAUGUUCCCCCAGGCCUACAAACCAGUCCGCCUGUCUCCCCCGAAACCAGUCCCCAACUCGAAGCUAGUCUGCCUCCCGCACCCACCUCCCAAGACCCCGACCCGCUCGACCUCAACGACAAUCAUCUCGGCACCGACCUUGGACGCCUCACUCCUCCCCCACGGCUCUCCGAUAUGCAUCUCAGACGACCGCUUUCCACAGACAUGACGGGUUACAAGACCGACAGGUUAACUCGCUUCUCCACCGACAGUGAUAUAGAAGCUGGCAAGGCGAUUGUCGAAAGUUCCAAAGAUGAUAGCACCCCUCUCAGUGAAUCCUUACCACAACGAAGACCACCAUCGCCCCUACAAACUCGAGCAGACCGUUCUUCUACUUCACCUCCCCCUUUUACGAAGGAUGAUGCCAAUACACGAGCUAUGAAUCUCUCCAAGAAACUCUGGGCUUCCAACAUUAGCAAUCAAGUCACGGACACUGGCGACUUGAUGCUAGAUAUGACGAAUUACAGGAGUGGUGAUGGUGAUGCACUGCAAGCAGAGGCAAUCGCGCGACAGCUGUUGUCAGAAGAAAUUGACGGCCCCUACGACAUUGGCGCCUUGAUUGGUGCGGAUGAAAAUGGCAACAUCUGGAUCUACAGUAGCGAAGAGGCGAAGGACGCGGCCGCGCAAAAGGCAGUAAAAGCUCUUGGGAGCUACAAUCCCGCCGGAUACGCCUCGACAGACGCUCUGAUCGACCAAGGAUACCACAGCGACGAUGCCAAAUCCGACUCCCACGUGGAGCUUUCAGCCACACGCGCUCGACGAGAUUCGGAUAGUGCUAUCGGCAUCAACUCUGGACCGAGCUCUCCAGGACAGGAAUCCGUCACCCCCGGCGAGCCGGUCAAGACGUAUGCUAAGACCCUGCGGCUCACGUCCGAGCAACUCAAGUCCAUGCACCUCCGGCCGGGCGCCAACCCCAUGUCUUUCACAGUGAACCGGGCGACAUGCGCGGCGAAUCUUUGGUAUCUGAAGCACGAUGUACCCAUUGUCAUCAGCGACAUCGAUGGCACUAUCACCAAAUCCGACGUCUUAGGCCACGUGAUGAAUUCCAUCGGAAGAGACUGGACGCAUCCCGGUGUCGCCAAGCUAUACACGGAGAUUGCAGCCAACGGCUACAACCUCCUCUACCUCACAAGUCGUAGCGUCGGGCAAGCAGACACCACGCGGAAUUACCUAGACGGUGUAGUGCAAGACGGCUUCCGGCUCCCCAAAGGACCCGUCAUCCUGAGUCCCGAUCGCACCAUGGCAGCUCUACGGCGCGAAGUCUACCUUCGCAAGCCGGAGCUAUUCAAAAUGGCCUGCUUACGAGACAUCAUGGCCCUCUUCUCCGGCCACGGCCACGAGAAUCCUUCAGGACUAGGCAUGAACCGCGGCCGCGGCGGCAGCCCAUUCUACGCGGGUUUCGGCAACCGCCUCACCGACGCCCUCAGCUACCGCUCCGUCAACAUCCCCAGCACGCGCAUCUUCACCAUCAACAGCUACUCUGAAGUCUCCCUGGACCUGCUGUCGCUCAACAAUUACAAAACGGCGUACGCCACGAUGCGCGAGAUCGUCGACUACUACUUCCCGCCCGUCGGGCUGCUGGUCAAAGGCGGCGGCGAGGACUUUACGGACUUUAACUAUUGGCGGCAGAAGCCUUUGGAUCUUGUCGAUUUCACGGAUUCCGAGUCCGAGGAGGACGAUGUGAUUGAGGAGGCGUUGGAGCGCGCUACUACGAAUGGCACGACGAAGGGAAGCGUGUUGAGCGAAGACGACGCCAUGAUGGAUUCGUCUUACUUGGAGGAUCCGCGCGUGAGCUUGGAUGGCAGCCUACUUGCUUCUUCCGCGUUUGGAGACGAUGAUGACGACUUGGCGAAUUCGUUGCUUCUGGACGAUGAGGGAGCUGCGAGCGAGGAGGCGUUGGAAGAGGAUGGCGACGAUGAAUAUGAGGGUGAUGAGGAUCCGCGGUAUAGUCGGCCUACGACUCCUGAGCUACGGCCUCAGGGUCCUGGUAAGGUUGCGGCGAAGGAUUUGGAGACUACGCCGCGGCGGUCGGUAGAGAUGCCGAGUCGGCGGUCGCGCUGA